AUGUUUGCUGAGGAAAUCCAAUUGCUGCAACAGUUGGAGCAUGUUAACAUUGUGCGCGUCCUUGGCGCGUCGCGUGGUAUGCUACCGUCCAACGGCAGUCACGAUGAGAAGCCAGCCUCUCAAUUGUGCAUGUUACUGGAGUAUCUAGAUAUGGGCGAUCUCCAAACGUUUUUAAAGAAGAAGGACGGCACUUUGCCGCUCAAUUCCUUAAUUUGGUUCUCAUCUGCAGAUCCGGGUACAGUUAUAUGUGUGUGUGCAGCUCACUUUACCAAUUACGAUGAGUUUGUAUACUUCCAUAAACCCUAG